AAGCUCGGUGGUGGAUGACAUCUGUAAACAAGCUCCAGUGAAGCUGGAAACUAAACGAUAAAAACGCGGUAAAGAGUGAAAAAGAAGAGCUCGAAAUGGUGAGGGGUAACUCUCUGGUCCACUGCGGGCUAAUUCUACUGAGUUUGUGGCUGUGUAUCCAGUCAGUGCCCAUCAAUGUGGACCGGUCCAAAGAAAAGCCUCCGGUGCAGGAACUGGAGCCCCCACAGAGCGCUGAGACUGGGCUGCACUACGACCGCUACCUCAGGGAAGUCAUCGAGUUCCUGGAGAAAGACCCCCACUUUAAAGAGAAGCUCAAAAAUGCCAACAUGGAUGACAUCAAGCAAGGCAAACUUGCCAAAGAGCUGAACUUUGUCCAACACAAUUUCCGUACGAAGCUGGACGAGCUGAAGAGGGAGGAGAUGAACCGGCUGCGGAUGCUCAUCAAAGUCAAACACGACAUUCAGGGAGGGAGCGGCCGGACCGUGGACCACCAGUCUCUGCUGAAGCAGUUUGAGCACCUCAGCCACCAGAACCCCAACACCUUCGAGGUGGAAGACCUGGACCAGCUCAUCCAAUCGGCGACCAAAGACCUGGAGAACUUCGACAAGGACCGCCACGAUGAGUUCAAGAAUUACGAGUUGACGAAGGAGCACGAGAGGAGGGAACGUCUGAAGACCAUGAGCGAGGAGACUCGCCAGCAGGAGGAGAAGCACUACGAGCAGCUGAGGAAGAAACACGCUGACCAUGCAAAAGUGAACCAUCCGGGCAGUGAAACCCAGCUGAAGGAGGUGUGGCAGGAGUCGGAUGGUAUGGACCCAGAUAACUUUGACCCCAAGACCUUCUUCAAAAUGCACGACACUAAUGGAGAUAGCUUCUUCGAUGAGAGCGAGCUUGAAGCUCUCUUCACGAAAGAGCUGGAGAAGGUGUACAACCCAGAGAACGAGGAAGACGACAUGGUUGAGAUGGAGGAGGAGAGGUUGCGAAUGAGAGAGCACGUUAUGAAUGAGGUGAGCCGAACACACAGACAGAUAUGA